GUAAAAUGAGUGUUGGUUAGUAGUGCAGCUCUGUUCUUCCAUUUGCCUGCCCUACACUCAGUUCCUCAGGAAGGACUCCUCUGAACUGGUAGGAAAAAUGCCGCAGGUGAAAGUCCCAGUGGAGGAGAAACAAACUGACGAUGCCAUGCGCUCCUUUGCUGAGAAAGUCUUUGCUUCAGAGGUGAAAGAUGAAGGUGGUCGACAUGAAAUCUCCCCCUUUGAUGUGGAAGAAGUCUGCCCCAUCUCCCACCAUGAGAUGCAGGAACAUCUGAUCAAGCAGGAGACUUCAAGUGACUCUGACAAACUGAAGAAGAGGCUUCUGCGGCUGAAGACCAUUGCCUUGGUUCUUCCAGUUGCAGGAAAGUCUUCAACCAAACUGUCCACCAUUGACGAGGUCAUCUCUACGUCAGCUCAGUAUCAAGCUGUGCCCAAAUUCCAGCGUGUGCAGAUCACGGGGGACUAUGCAGCAGGGGUGACAGUGGAGGACUUUGAGCUGGUCUGCAGAGGUUUGUAUCGUGCUCUGUGUAUUCGGGAGAAGUACCUGCAGAAGUCCUUCCAGCGUUUCCCCAGGACUCCCUCCCAGUUCAUGUGCAACAUUGAGAAUGAAGUGUGGAAGCCCAAUAAUGAUCUGUGGCCAGUGUUCACUCCAGCUGCAAAGGAUGGUGAGGAUCCUUUCCAGUCUGACAAUCUCCCUGAGAAUCUGGGCUACCAUGUGCAGAUGAAGGAAGGUGUGGUGUACGUCUAUGCUGACAAAGCAGCAGCUGCCCGGGGUGAGCCCAAGGACCUGCCAUACCCUGACCUGGAGGUCUUCAUUGAUGACAUGAACUUCCUGCUGGCCCUGAUAGCUCAGGGGCCUGUUAAAACCUACACGCACCGUCGCCUCAAGUUCCUCUCCUCCAAAUUCAAAGUGCAUGAGAUGUUGAAUGAGAUGGAGGAGCUGAAGGAGCUGAAGAAUAACCCUCAUCGGGACUUCUACAAUUGUCGGAAGGUGGACACACAUAUCCAUGCUGCAGCUUGCAUGAACCAGAAGCACUUGCUACGAUUCAUUAAGAAGUCAUACCGGAUAAAUUCUGAAAGGGUGGUGUACAAGUCCAAGGACAAGACACUGACACUCAAGCAGCUCUUUGAGCAGCUGAAUCUUCACCCCUAUGACCUGACUGUAGACUCACUUGAUGUACACGCAGGUCGCCAGACUUUCCAACGCUUUGACAAGUUCAAUGCCAAGUAUAAUCCAGUAGGUGCAAGUGAGCUGCGUGAUCUCUACCUCAAAACGGAAAACACCCUCAAUGGUGAAUACUUUGCCACAAUCAUCAAGGAGGUUGGCUCUGACCUGGAGGACGCCAAGUACCAGUAUGCAGAGCCACGACUCUCCAUCUAUGGGCGUACACCAGAAGAGUGGCCCAAAUUAGCCAACUGGUUCAAUCAACACCGUGUUUAUUCUCCCAAUAUGAAAUGGAUGAUCCAGGUGCCCAGAAUCUAUGAUGUGUUCAGGUCUAAGAACUUCUUGCCACACUUUGGGAAGAUGCUGGAGAACAUCUUUGUGCCAGUGUUUGAGGCAACAAUUAACCCACAGAACAACAAGGAGCUGAGUGUGUUUCUGCGCCAU